AUGAUUCGAAAUCAAAUACUCAUAAUUGCACUAUUUCUAAUUCCUGUUUACUGGUGUAUAGAUGUGAUUUUGAUCUCUUCAAUUGAAGUUAGAAAUGAUGUUGGAAGUAUUGAUUGUACUAACAGUAAAUUAAUGAUCAACAAUCAAAAUUUUACUCCAAUUUGUGAAGUGGGUUAUGAUAAUACCAAAAGCAUCUCUUACAUCACACUUGCUUACAAUGCAUCGAAUUCAGUUCAGGAGGGAAAUACUACGUAUCAUCUAGACACUAAAGUGACCGUGCCAAAUGGAAAUAAAACGAAAACGGAUGAUUAUCAGUAUACGGGAGUUUUUGUGGUGGAUAAGACUGUGCAACCGAAUACGGUAGCUGUGGGAUAUCUCACAUUGGAAAAGUUUAUACCUGCUACGACUGCCGCACCCCCAACAACCAAACCCAAGAAGCGAGAAGCUGGAUUUCCUCAAGAGCAAUUAGAUGCUGAACCAACUGCACCAGUUUCUAACAAAACAAGCCUUACGAUCAACUACAUCCGCCUGAAAUACGAGGAAACCAGCAAACAAUCUAACUCGAAUGGAGGAGCUGUGGCAGUUGCUAUCAUUGAAGGAAUCGCCUUGAUUGCCAUUCUGGCUUACAUGGGAUAUAGAACUAUGGUGAAACACCGAAUGAAGGAAUCAUCUGUUAAUGCGGCCAUGUAUGGUUUUGAUAAUAAUUCGAGAAAUUCAAUUCGAAUGAAUGACAUUCCACCACCUAGAGAUCCUACAUAUGCAACACCCCCACCAGCACCAUUUUCACAACAGCCACCUGCUCGGAAUACGGUAAUGACAACUCAAGAGCUAGUCGUUCCACAGACCUCCGCAUCGGUUACAAGACCAACUACCACUUCAAACACCACUAGUAACACUACAAACGGACAAUUCAAUGAUCCAUUCGACAGUCUCGAUAGCUGGUAA